AUGUACAGAGAAGAAAAGCCUUUCACAUGUACAGAGUUUGGGAAAAGUUUUACACAAAUUCAUUUUCUGAAAACUCAUGAAUGGAUUCACACAGGAGAAAAGCCUUUCACAUGUACAGAGUGUGGGAAAGGUUUUACAAAAAAGAGUAAUCUGAAAAAGCAUGAAAGGAUUCACACAGGGGAAAAGCCAUUCACAUGUACAGAGUGUGGAAAAAGUUUUACAGAAAAGAGUAAUCUGAAAACUCAUGAAAGGAAUCACACAGGAGAAAAGCCUUUCACAUGCACAGAGUGUGGAAAAAGUUUUACAGAAAAGAGUAAUCUGAAAAAGCAUGAAAUGAAUCACACAGGAGAAAAGCCUUUCACAUGUACAGAGUGUGGAAAAAGUUUUAUAGAAAAGCGUAGCCUGAAAACUCAUGAAAGGAGUCACAAGGGAAGAAACCUUUAACAUGUUUAGAAAGUAGGGUUGCUAUCUUUUGCCCAGCCGA